GUUCUUGCUUCCUGCCGUGCGCCGGUCAGAGUCGGCGUCCCCGCUCCUUCAACCACCCCGCUGGCCCGUACGUGUAUAUACAUCAGUCGGCUUGUGCUGGAAAGCACAUCCAAACCAGAGUUCAGAGACAAAGCAAGACAGAGGAACAUAGCAACAGCCGAAAGAACAGUUGUUUGCUACACAGCGCAGACCAACUUUGCCAGGAAACUCUGUUAGAGGCCGGCAGCUCGGCUACUCGAUCAUGGACAGGAUCUUUGCUUUCUCCAUCCUCAGCUCGUCGCCGGCAGAGAUUGCUGGGGCCGGGUACGCCAUGCGUCUGUCCUGGCGGAGCGGCGGAGGGAAGCAGGCGACGGAGAAGAAGCACCAGGAGGACAAGGUCGAGCGGAGCCCACGGCCGGAGAGGAAGCGGGAGGCCAGCCCGGCACGGUUUGCGCCGGAGUUCGACGGGCUCAACUGCUUCGAGUACAUAAUAUCCUCUUGACUGGGUCGCCGGCUGUCUCCUGGAAGUUUUCUUCUUUUUCACUUACACACCUGCUCUGUUUCGAAAAAAAAAAACCCUACACAUCUGUUGCCCUGUGAGAUUUGUUGCCUACUGACGAAGAGACUUGGCAUGUACACAGCGAGAGAAUGAAUGAGCUGAUAGUUACGCACUGGUUUGAUUUACUGAUGCUUGUAAGAUGGUGUUGUUUACGUUGGGAAUCGAAA